GGCAAUUUGACCCGAGCCCCAUGCUUCGCUCUCUGACUUCCUCGCCGGUCCUUCGCCGCGCGUCGACCCGCGCCUUCUCGGCGGCGCCGGAGCGUGUGCCCAACUUCAUCAACGGCCAGUUUGUCCAGUCCAAGACCACCAAGUGGAUCGACGUGCGCAACCCGGCGACGAACGAGGUUGUGUGCCAAGUGCCCGAGACGACGCCGGAAGAGCUCCAGGCGGCGGCGGAUGCGGCCAAGGUUGCCUUCAAGACGUGGAAGGAGGUGCCGGUCCAGCACCGCCAGCGCGUCAUGCUCAAGCUCCAGCAGCUCGUGCGCGACCACACGGAGGAGCUCGCGCACUCGAUCACGAAGGAACAGGGCAAGACGCUCGCGGAUGCGCGCGGCGACGUCUUCCGCGGCCUUGAGAUCGUCGAGGCCAGCUGCGGCAUUGGCAACCACAUGAUGGGCGAGACGCUCGGCAACCUCGCGAACUCGCUCGACACGUACUCGUACAAGCAGCCGCUCGGCGUCUGCGCGGGCAUUUGUCCGUUCAACUUCCCGGCCAUGAUCCCGCUCUGGAUGUUCCCCGUGGGUAUCACGACGGGCAACACGUACAUCCUCAAGCCGUCCGAGAAGGACCCGGGCGCCGCCAUGAUUCUCGCCAAGCUCGCGCAGGAGGCCGGCGUCCCCGACGGUGUCCUCAACGUCAUCCACGGCGCCAAGGACGCGGUCAACUUUAUCUGCGACGCGCCGGAAAUCAAGGCCAUUUCGUUUGUCGGUGGCAACAACGCCGGCGAGUACAUCCACGCCCGUGGCACGGCCAACGGCAAGCGCGUCCAGGCCAACCUCGGCGCGAAGAACCACGCCGUGAUCCUCCCGGAUGCGGACAAGGAGCAGACCAUCAACGCGCUCGCGGGUGCGGCCUUUGGCGCCGCCGGCCAGCGCUGCAUGGCGCUCUCGGUCGUCAUCUUUGUGGGCGAGACCAAAGAAUGGGUGCACGACAUUGUGGAGAAAGCCAAGACGUUCACGGUCAACGGCGGCCUCGAGCCCAACACGGACGUUGGCCCGCUCAUCACCAAGGAGUCGAAGAAGCGCGUCGAGGAUCUCAUCCAGGCCGGCGUCGACGCGGGCGCGGAGCUCCUUUUGGAUGGCCGCAACGUCAAGGUGCCCAAGUACCCGAACGGUAACUUUGUCGGCCCGACGCUGCUCAACAACGUCGACAUCUCCAACCCGUCGUACGUCGAGGAGCUUUUCGGCCCCGUCCUCGUGUGCAACUCGGUCGAGACGCUCGACGACGCCAUCGAACUCAUCAACGCCAACCCGUACGGCAACGGCACGUCGAUCUUUACGCAGUCGGGCCCCGCGGCGCGCAAGUUCCAGCACGAGAUCGACGUUGGCCAGGUCGGCAUCAACGUGCCGAUCCCCGUGCCACUGCCCUUCUUCUCGUUCACGGGCUCGCGCUCGUCGAUCCGCGGCGACUUGCAUUUCUAUGGCAAGCAGGGCGUGAUGUUUUACACGCAGACCAAGACGAUCACGGCGCAGUGGGAGUUCGGCAAGAAGACGCAGUACGGCACCGUCAUGCCGACGCUCGGGAAGAAGUAAAUCACUCGACUAGUCCUUCGUUAAGCCUGAAUCUGUUUACACGUA